AUGUGUGGCGUCCAAGACGACGUCUCCGAGCUCCGCAGGCUCCAGAUCGUAUCUUGGGCAGUCGCUGCGCUCGGCACGCCGUCGCCGCGCUCUCGCCGCUUCGACGAAGCUGUCGCCAGGCAUUUCGCCGUCGACAUGCCUAGCAAGGUGUGCGAGCUGCCGCUUGCCCGGCGCAACCGGUCACACAUCUCGAUUGUCGGUCGUAUCGGACGUAUUCGCGACGAGGUAUUAUCAGCGCAGUCUAUCUUGCGCUAA